AGUUGAGGGAGGGGUCUUGAUGUGAAGAAGCCCUUAUAAGCAGGUCCACUUCCCCAGGACUCCAGGUUCAGGCUGGGACAGAAGAAGAAGAUCCUCUGUGUCUAGUGGAAACCAUGGUCUCCAUCAUGGGAAUGCUGGCCGUGUGUGUGCUGGUCUGUGCUGUGAUGGUUCAGAUCAAAGCUGCUGCUGUCCAGGAUGCUGAUAGAUCAACAAUCGCUGUUUUCGCUACAUUCCUGAAGCCAAGACUUGGGCUCACGCUGAAAAAAGCUGCAUGUCCAUCGGGGGAAACCUGGCAUCUGUUCACAGCAUCGAUGAGUACCAUAAGAUCCAAGAGCUGAUAAAGACCACCACUCAUGAAUACACCAAAGCCUGGGUUGGAGGCUCGGAUGCCCAGGAGAGCAACGUUUGGUUGUGGAGUGAUGGCAGCUCUUUCCAUUACACCGACUGGUGUUCCGGACAGCCCAAUUAUUUCCUUGUUUCUCAGCACUGCAUACAAAUAAACUAUUCAUCUGAAAAAUGCUGGGACAACUUGGGAUGUAAUGAUCAUCGAACGUUUGUCUGCGUCAAGAAAAUGUGAAGACCGCCGUCACACAGACCCCAUGAAGACGACCUGCGCUGGUGGAGCUCUGCUGCUGCUGGAGUUAAUGCCUUUUAUUUCAUU